AUGGUGCAGGAUGGCGAGAGAAGUUCUCUCAGAGAACCUCCGCAGAGGGAGACUCACCGCACCGCGCGCAACUCGCGGGCCUCUCGGUCUGAGACAGCAGACCCCGUGGCAGGACUGCGCGUGAAGCAGCAGCAUGUUUCCCCACCCUCCAGGCGACGACUAUGGACUCUCGUCCCGGUAGCGGUGCUCGUCACCACGGUCGCUCUGCUCUUCGUCGUCCAGUUCUCCACAUAUUCCCACCACUUCCACGCACAUCUGGCCAAGCACCGCAUCCUGCGGAGUCUGCAGGAGCAACCAGCACUUCGACUCACUUUCCAGCUCAAGCGGAAGGCCAUGCACGUCCACGGCGCGUCCUCAUUUCAGGUCCUGGCGACGCCCGCGCCAAGGAGCGCACUGGACGACAGGAGCAUCGUUUACAACGGGUUAGCCUCGUUCCAAGAGGAAAAUGGAUAUUCGCACGAGUACGCGAUCGUGAACGGCACGGCUUACUACACCCAGCGACCGAUUAACAAGGACGCAGGGCAGAUGGAAUCAGGAUGCAUUCCGUCCACGUCGGUGCCUCCUAUUGAGACGUUUGCAGGCGAGAACUACGUGCUGUGUUCAAGCUCCUCGUGGUUCCAAGAACAUGAUGGUUUCCAGAUCUUUGGCUCGGAUUUUGACAUUGACGUGAAGUAUGAACAGAUUCCACCGACAAUAGUUGCUCCGCGCGUGCCAGUUGACGCAGCAUCGACCUGUGGAAAGGUGCCAUUCGCCGAGCGUAUCACUCCGUCGAUCCCGUCGCUAGUGACGCGCUCGUUCACCGAGUGGGGUCACCGUUCCCUACGCUCUGAGGAAGCUGAGUACAGUUUCUCGGACUUUGCCAAGAGGUGGCCUUGUGUCUUCGUCACUGGGCUCGCAACAUGGAAAGACUACGGACUGACUACCCAUGACCCGCGGUCGUACUUCGGGAGCAAGUUCCCGGACCACGCGUCAUGUUGCACGAUCAUCCAGUACAUCGUGAUGUCGACUCAUGUGGACGCUUGGAACAAUGCAACAUUCCAACAGCGACUAGCAGACUUGGUGCUCCAGGUUAGCAACUCCAGCAACGCAACCUCAGGAGACAUCAAGGACACAAUCGUGGUCACGCAUUCACUGGCGAAUUUGGCGCUUGGAGGUGCCAUUGCCAAGGGAAUUAUGGGCACAAAUUAUCUGUACGACGCGUGCAAUGGCGAUUUGUCUGGGAUCGUGCAGAAGCUGCUCGAUCUUCUCGGUGGAUGCCCUGUUUGCGCUGCUCGAGGCGCGCUCGCGUGGCGAGGCAGCAACCGCAGCUCGACGAGGUUGAACGCUGAUUAUGAAGCUUCGCAACGCGCGUACGCCGAUAACGUCGAUGCGGUUAUGUGUAGCAACAACUACUCGGGGCUGGUGUCAGUCGUGACGCCCAUCUUCAACGUUGGAGGCUCCUUGAUCCCUCACCACUCGCGUGAGAACGACGGCAUCAUCGAGUUCCAGAGCUGCGCCAAGGGCCUGCCCAAGGACCUCUUCAACGCCUCGUCGAACAGCAAGCUCUACGUGACUGAGCUCAACCACCUCGACACGACCUUCCGCUUCCGAGACAGCUUGUUCAGCGACACGAAGAGGCCAGUCAAGUGGUUCGAGUGUCUUCUGUAA